AUUGUGGUGUUCGACCACCAAGGAGAGAGCCAAGAUCAAGAUUUCCCUUUGAAGAUCCAAAAACAUCGCGUACAGCUAAAAUUAUAGCUGGAAGUCAUACCAAAGAAGGACAAUAUCCUUGGCAAGCAUCUCUAGAAUUACUACACCCCUCACUUGGAUUCCUUGGACAUUGGUGUGGAGCGGUGCUAAUUCAUCAAUAUUGGAUAUUAUCAGCUGCACAUUGUGUACAUAAUGAUCUCUUUAAUUUACCCCUACCCCCGCUGUGGACUGUAGUUUUAGGUGAAUAUAAUCGUGCUGUGGAAUCAGGAUACGAACAACGAAUACCAGUUGAAAAAAUAGUUCUCCAUAAAAGUUAUCAAAAUUUCCUACACGAUUUGGUCUUGAUGAAGCUAUCAAAACCUGCCGAUUUAUCUAAAAAAUCCAAUAUACGAAGAAUUUGUUUACCAUUUCUGUUCAAUGAACCCGUCUAUGCAGAAUAUGAAGAUGAGGAGGACUUGGAGGCAGAGGAAUUAGAUGACCCGCUACUAAUGGAUUUGGUACAAGUUCCCGAUAAAAUGGAAAAUUUCCUUCGAAGUUUUCAAAGUAUUCGACGUCAUCGUAAUAUUACAAUGCCAACAAUGAAAGAUUUAUUAGAUUUGAAAAUAUCAAAUCGUCUGAAACGGCAACAAAAAACUGCUGGACGUCAAGGUAGUGAUAGAGGUCGUAAUGGUCGAAGUAUUCGACGAAGAAAUGAUAAAAUAUUGAAAAUCUUUCAAUAUUCUAAUGAAAAUUAUGAAAUGUCGGAAGAGAAACAUUUUCAUCGUUAUAUUGACAAUAAUCCAGAUCUGCCCUAUAUCGAUUGUGUGGCAACGGGUUGGGGUAAAGCAAAUGUUUCGGGAGAUUUAACUGAUUUGUUGUUGAAAACAAAUGUCCCGCUGCACAACAAUAGAAGAUGUAAAGAUGCAUAUGGUACCUUUGUCCGAAUACAUCGAGGACAUUUGUGUGCUGGAAAGCUGAAUGGCAAAGGCGGAACAUGUGUGGGUGAUUCUGGUGGUCCCUUGCAGUGUCGUCUAACAAAAACUGGUCCCUGGAUUCUGGCUGGUAUAACAUCAUUCGGUUCUGGCUGUUCCAUUGAAGGUUACCCCGAUGUCUACACAAGAAUAUCACAUUAUAUGAAAUGGAUACAGGAUACAAUAGCUUUUGAAUAA